AUGUGGCAUAAUUGCUUCUUCGGAACUCACGUGCUUUCUUCGCCCUUCUGGGCGAUCUUCUUCUCGAGUGUAGAAGACAACCGAGUCGUCAACGCUACGUCAGUCAAAAAAGACGAGCCGGAUUCCAAGACCAUUUCGAAAUGGUUUGCCCGAAAUAGCUCUCACAUCAACAACGCAAACACAGAUAAGCUGGCCCUGCUCUCAUGCAUGUUUCCGGAGAGACGCACAGAUCGGGUAUUCUGGUUACAAGCCACGUCACUUGCACGCGUUAUUGGCCGCUGCUUAGGCUUAGGCUCGUCUCGAUUAUCCGAGCUAGAGCAAUGGAAAAAGCCCGGCGGGCCAGAUUUGGGUCAGUGUGUUCAGAAUGUGAUGUGUCAAGCCGAGAACAAUAUUCCUGUCGGCCGCGAGGUUCUGGUUGAGGAGAUCGAUGAAGCUCUGGGGCUGAUUGCAUCAAGAUGUCGCUUCUCUGGCCCGCAGGUUCGUCGGCAACAUACCUCAGUGGAUGUGGACACUGUGCUUUCACCUCUUUACCGUCGACUAAGUAGCCGUGAUGCAAAAUGGCUGACUCGAAUGAUUCUCAAGACCUAUCUCCCUGUUAGCCUUCCCGAAAGAUCUACUUUGGCGAAAAUACACUUUCUCCUGCCACACCUCUUACAGUUUCAGAGUACCUUCGAAGGUGCUCUUCAGAUGCUCCAAUCUGAACCAAUGUGCCAUUUCCCACCGCGACCGGAUCCAAGAUCCGCAGCAAGCUUUUGCACUAUUGCACUCGAUCAUCUACGUCCGAGAACAGGAAUCAAGAUCGGACGCCCAGAGUACUUCAAAGCGCGAAGCAUAAAACACUGUGUUCAGAUGGUGGGUGGUCGCCGCAUGAGUAUCGAGAGGAAAUAUGAUGGCGAAUACUGCCAAAUUCACAUUGAUCUCACCAACAAGCAAAACCAAAUCCAGAUAUUCUCCAAAAGCGGGAAAGACUCGACUGCAGAUCGGUCUGGGAUAAUGACGACUUUGGGAGAAUCGCUUCAGAUUGGCACUCCUGAAUGCAAAUUUACUCAUCGGUGUAUCCUCGAGGGAGAAUUACUCGUUUACAGUGACAAGCGAGAGGGAAUCGCAGACUUCCAUAAACUACGCAAGUUUCUCUCACGCUCUGGAGCUUUAAUUGGAGUUGACAGUGAUUCUCCACCCCAGCCAUAUGAGCAUCUGAUGAUUGUCUUCUUCGAUCUCCUUCUUUUGGACGAUGAUGUUUGCUUGAGGAAAGCCCAUCGUGAGAGGCGACUCAUGUUGAAAGACGUUGUUCGUUCGAUCACUGGCCGGGCCGCUAUUGCUGAACAGGAGGUAAUCAGAUUUGAUGGACCCGAUACCUAUAAAAGGCUGGAGGUCGCUUUCUCAGGGGCAAUAGCUCGACGAUGGGAGGGCCUUGUUCUGAAGGCUUGUGAUGAACCCUACUUUCCUAUCCACUCUACAGGAGUAGACAAUUCCUUCGGUCGAUGGAUUAAGUUGAAGAAAGACUAUAUCCCUGGACUUGGAGAUACCGUCGAUCUCACCUUGAUUGGAGGCUAUUAUGAUGCGCAAGAUGCAGCAGCUUUCUCACCUACAAGGCCAAUAAAAUGGACGCACUUUUUAGUUGCAUGUCUCAUGAAGAAGGAAGAUGUUCUCAAAUCCAGCACUCUUCCUUGUUUCAGAGUAAUUGAUGUGGUCAACCGACAUUGUAUGCACAGAAGUUUGAUCCAGCAUCUCAAUCAUUUCGGAGAAUUCUUCGCUCAUGAUCCUGAUGAUAUCGAUGACUUCACUAUUGAAUAUGGAAAUGCGACAUUGACCCGGGCAUCCAAACUAUUCAAGAGGCCAUUCGUUGUCGAGAUGAUGGGUAGCGGGUUUGAGAAACCCUCAGGUGCCAGAUACUUUACCCUUCGUUUCCCGCGCGUUCUCAAAAUUCAUACAGAUAGAAGUAUCACGGAUGCUGCUUCUUUCCGAGAACUGCAAGUUCUAUCAGAAGAAGCUCGGGCCGUGCCCACUGAAGAUUUGUCACAGGAGAGGGAGUACUGGUGCAAACGUUUAAAGGUUGGCAGCAGGGCUGACCAGUACAUCGGACAAAGCGCACACAGUCCAUCAUCGGAUAAUUCCAGCUCGAGUACAGAAUCAGAGUCGGAUGGCACUUCAUCUCCUGAGAGCCCAGCAAGUACGGAGACUGAUGAAAAAUCCUUUAAUCCUUCGCUUACAAAUAUUCGUGGCCAUCAAAAUUCUUCACAAAAGUCGACCGGUGGGGGAACGUCUUAUCAUAUGAACAGGUCACCCGUGGUGUUUCUCGACGACACUGCCACGGCAUCGAAUAGCGAGCCUCCAGCUCCAGAGGCCAAAGUAUUAACUGACAACGAGAACCUCUCUCAGCGGUCAAGUCAUAUCCAAAAGAAUCUCACUCCACAGCAGGCUGAAGAAUGCCAUUCAAAGUCGGCAAGCAGCCUCAUAUCUCUUCACAAAGCCCAGGCCACUAUUGAGGAUGAGAAACCAAGAAAACUAUCUCGCAAGUCUCCAUUGACAACAAUUCCAGUAUACACAUCUGGGACCUCAGCGAAAGACCAGGCGGUCGAAAAGCCAGACAAUACCGGUCUGAUGCAAUUCCUAAAGUCUUUGGACACUCCUCAGUCGAAGGCCUCCUUACUAGAGUCCAACCCACACGCUGCCUCUCAGGGUCUAUCAUUCGGUAUCAUCCUGAUCAACCCAACAGAAACGCCACUGGGUCAAGAGAUCAACAGAACAUCCAAAGCUAUUUCUGAUGCAAUGGCAAAUGGCAUCUGUACAUCCAAAGGCAGAAUAUUCUUUUUGGACUCUCUCUUUCUGGAACAAGAUUUCUGCCCAGAGGAUCCUAAGUUCUGUUUGCGCUCGACCUGGUCUGAGUUGGGCAGAAAAUACUACUAUGCAUGUCUUAAAUGGGGUAAAUCCGUGUCAUUUGACAAGACUAAAUCAAGACAUCAGGUCACAUCUGAUCACAAAUAUGCGAAAUGGGCUUCUUCUCUUGCGGUCAGCUUUGAUCGAGGUGAAGUAUUGGCAUUGGGAGAGUAUUGA